GGUGAUGUGGGGCUGGCUAUGGGGAAGCUGUAUGGGAACGACUUUAGCCAGACGACCAUCUCGCGCUUCGAGGCGCUCAACCUGAGCUUCAAAAACAUGUGCAAACUGAAACCUCUCCUGGAGAAGUGGCUCAACGACACCGAGAACAUGUCUCCAGACUCCAGUGCGCUGCCCAGUCCAGGGGCCACACACACACACACACACACUCUGCUGGGACUGGAUGGGCUGCCCAGCCGCCGCCGCAAGAAGCGCACCAGCAUCGAGACCACCGUCCGCGUCGCCCUGGAGCGCAGCUUCAUCACGAACCAGAAGCCCGGGUCGGAGGAGGUGCUGUCGCUGGCGGAUCAGCUGGGUCUGGAGAAGGAGGUGGUGCGCGUGUGGUUCUGUAACCGCCGCCAGAAGGAGAAGCGCGUCAGCCCCGGCCCCUCCUCCUCUGGAGCCACGCCCCCUCAUUUGCAUAGACACGCCCUCUCCUCAUCAGGAGCCACGCCCCCUCUGCAUGGACACACCCACCACAACAACGCCGUUGCCACCACCGCACACAAACUCUCCUGCUACAGCCCACACAUGAUGACCACUCAAGCUACCAGUCUCAGCACAACAGUGACCUCCUUGUCCUCUAUGUGCCCUUUGACCCCCAGUGGACCACCCCACCUAAGCCCCGCCCAGUCCCAUCUAAGCCCUGCCCAGUCUCCUGUAGCCCCGCCUCCUCGUAGCACAGCAAGCCCCGCCCCUCUUACCCACAACACUCUCUGUCUCAACACAGGCUCUUGCAGCCAGUGGUGGCAAACUGCCCAAUACCAGUCCUGAGGGCGGGACUAACCUUUUGAUUGGCGGCUCCAGGACUCAGGGGGCGGCCUUUCCCUCUUCCCUGUUCCUCAACCAUUCUACCCUGUUGCCCAUGGCAACAAAUUCUGGCCUGCGAUUGGCCAGUCCUGCUGCCAGCAAAGCUGCCAAAGACUAUUAUCUCAGUGCGAAGGGAAUUAGCCCCACCCCCUGUU